CUCCAUUACUCUCACUUCACUUCCAACACUCGCUUCACAAUCACCUAAUUCUCUUUCAGUCUCUAAAAACAUCUUCCUCUUCCUUCAACUUACCAAAUCCACGCCGACUAUCUACAACAUGCAUUCCUACAGCGCCAUCGUCCUUGCACUCAGCGCCGCCGCCGCCGCCGCUCCUCUCGCCGCUCGCAGCAACGUUUGCGGCGUUGCUCCUUCUGCGUCCAGCACCUCCAAGGCUCCGCUUGAGACGUUCACCAACGCUCAGACGGCCGAGCAAUGCUAUGCCGACUGCGCUGCCAACGCCUCGUGCAAGUCUUUCCUCUUCGGUCUGGUCGACGGCACUAUCAAGUGCGAGCUCUUCGAUGUCCCUGCGGCUCAGAUUCCCAAGCAGGAUAGCUCCAACCUUGUAGCGUUCGACAAAGCUUGCACUUCGAUUCCCGAUGUCAAGCCGACCACGGCCAACCCUCAGGGCCUAGCCGAGGGAUCGACCAACACUCAGGCUAGCAACACGAACGAGAAGGCGAAUGCUCAGCAAAAGACCGACACUACGGCCACUCAGAAGGCUGCAACCAAAAUCACCCAGAAUACUGUCGCCAAGGUCAGCCAGAAGGCCGCACCCAAGGCCAGCCAGAAGGCCGCACCCAAGGCCAGCCAGAUUGCCGCACCCAAGGCCAGCCAGAUUGCAGCACCCAAGGCCAGCCAAAAGGCGGAGGCCAAGACCACCAAGGAGACCGAGCAGAAGAAGACCUCCACCUCCACCUCUGCUAAGACCUGCGGCGCUGCCCCGGCCGGCUCUGGCAACGUCGAGCCCUUCAACACUCCUGCCAACAUCAACUCCCUGGAAGCGUGCAUUGCCGCAUGCAAGAAGAACACCUCCUGCAAGUCUGUCGAGUUCGGCAAGCUCACCGCUAAGGGUGCCAACGUCUGCCGCUUCUUCUCUGUUGCGGCUGCACAGAUCCCCAAGGCUACGGCCGGCCAGUCCUUCCAGGUCUCUGACAUCGCUUGCGCUUAAGCGUAUCUCCUGGAGCGCUCUUCGGUCCCUCCACGGGACCGAGAGUGGCCCACCCGUGAGACUAGGAGCAUCUGGCGUUCUCCAGACGCGUGUUAGCGCUCUAGGCCGGACGUUGCGAUGACCGGCAGUCAACAUGGGUCGCAACCAAGCGACACCCUCUUUCCUUGUGCUAUUUCCCUUUCCUUUCUUUCAGUCCAACUCUUCACUCUCCUUAAGGCAAGACUGUUCUUGUAAUCAGAUGGCAUGGUGGUUGUAGACUUCUAGGCAGAAAUAUAGAUCGUUUGUCU